CCUUCACAAUCAGUCAGCUCUGUAUUCCUCUCUCUUAUUAUUUCUCUUGUUGGUAAAAAUGGAAGUGAGAGGUCCAGUGAUGUGCGUGUUGUUGAUGUGUUACAUCUUUGGUCAUAUAAUAACAAGUCAUAACAGUUGCUUUAUCGAAGCCGGGAGCUCGUCUAAAUACGGAGAUCUUGAAAUCGAGAAGAAGUUAAGGACAAUUAACAAACCCGCCGUCAAGAUCAUCAAGACUAUUCAUGGAGAAAAAUACGGAUGCGUGGAUUUCGUCAAGCAACCAGCAUUUGAUCACCCUUCUAUGAAAAAUCACACAUACCAUUACAAGAUGCGUCCGAUAUCCCAUCCCGAUGAAAAGAGAAAAAGAGAGACAAACAACACUGCAUUUGGUUACUUAUGGGAGAAUGGUGUGGGUUGUCCCAUUGGUACGGUCCCUAUACGAAGAAUCACCAAAGACGAUAUCUUGGGAUUAAACUCGUUAGAGGAUAUAUAUACACCUCGUAGUUCUUACAACACUACUACCUACGGUACUAGUGACCCGUAUUACGACCAACAUCAU